AUGAAUCUUCUUCUAACUUGGCCGCUUCUAGCGGCAGCAGCUGAAGCUGCUGGGGGGUUGGCAAGUGGAUCGAUUGGUCUCACUGAGCAAACCUUGGAAUCUGAGGUAUCUGAGAACUCCACAGAGGGCUAUGGUCGGGCAUUUCUUGAUGACAAGCUUUGGCUGUUAGGUGAUUCCCCUAUAACGUUUACUAGCAAUUUCGGCGAGGCAGGUCUGGAGGGGUACGACCUGUCGGCCAGUUCAGCAAACAUCCACUGCAGCACUUGCACAACUCCUGUAGAGGACCAACACAGUUCACAACCGAGUAUAAAUGCACAGAAGGAACAAGCUGCAGGGACUGAAGUGUUGGCUAGGGAAGAAAUGACGACGGGCUCGCCCAUACGUGGGAUCAAGUCCCUAGUCACUGGCUCGCUCAUGCUAGGCCUUCUACUCAUUCUUCUGAGCGCUCCAGAGGACUCUGAUGAUGAGAGCCACAUCUUAACGAGAUUGCAUGACUCCCUUGCUGACGACAUUGUCGACGGGCUGUUUGCGGUAGAUGAUUUCUUGGAGGCACACGUCCCCAUCUUCCCCUUUUGGAUCGUCACAUUCUGGGUACUCACCGGCGCAGCCCCGAUUCUGUUUUUCUCAGGUUUAGUAGACCUGACGCAGAGCCUGCGGAAGCGUAGGCACACUCCAAACUCCCUCGCAAAUUCAAAGCCUACGGGUUUUCCCUUCGGAUUCUUGGUAACAAGCCUUGCCAUUUUGGCACUUAGCCUGCCGGCUAACCAGGACAGCGACAACCCUACACACGCUGUGGCGAUGGAGGCCUGUGUUAAUCUCAUCUGGGGAAUGAACCUUGUGUUUCUGCUGCGUCUCCUCACUCGAGCUCGCGGCUGGAAAGGCCAGGGAAAGGAACAGGCGCACCUGCUGGAAAAAGCGAACCAUGAGACGUCUUCUCAUACGUUUCCACAAGAAGAAAGCCUUUCAGUGAAGGGGCACAUGGCACGCCAUUAG